CCGGACUUGAGCGGACUCCUUUCCCAUGCAGUUAUCCAUGGAUCCAACUCCAUGUUCAACUCCAGCUCUCAUCAAUGAGGGGGAAAGUGUUAAUCCUACUCCACUUGGGAUAGCUUUGGUCGCGGGUAACCAUGGGUGACCAUGUGUGCGCGACGGCAUCGGUACGCCGGUCACAUCGUGUAUGUACCUAGGUUUAUAAUGGGUCAAUCUGAUCAGUCAGUUUUAAAAGCGCAUUGUAUCACAGGGUCUUGACCUUGUCCCUGGCUUUGAAUAAAUAGCUUAAAGAUGCCAGUCAAGGUCUUCAAAAGACUCGGACAGCUGGUUUACUUGCAUAGUAUUAAACGACGAAGCUGGUAUUCUCGAGAGAAAAAGAUGGCGCUUUCGGAAGAAGCAACCUCAGAGCUUCGCUCUCUCGUAGAGAAGAGCAUCGGCCCUGAAGACGGGGCGGCCGCAAAUGCUAUACCCGGAACCACUUGCGUCAUCGUCGACCGGGCCGGGACCGAGCUCUUUGCUCACUCGGCUGGUAAACGAGGCAUUAAGUCGAAGGAGCCCAUGACCCUGGAUAACAUAUUCUGGCUGGCAAGCUGCACAAAAAUGGUGGCUGGGCUCGCUUGUAUGCAACUGGUCGAACAAGGUCAAUUAAGUCUAGACGACGCAGCGCAGGUGGAAGGUCUUUGCCCGGAGUUCAAGGACCUCAAAGUCUUGAAGGAGGACGGGACUUUUGAAGAGAAGAAGCAUGGGAUUACACUGAGGAUGCUUCUGACUCACACCUCGGGCUUUACAUAUUCAUUUUUUGAUGAGCCGAUAAGGGACUGGAGUCAUCCUACGGGCAUCGAUGAGUUCGGAUGCGAUAUCAGGGAUAUCCAGAAGUUUCCGCUUCGAUUCCAGCCUGGAGAGGGUUGGGCAUAUGGAGUCGGCAUCGAUUGGGCCGGAAUCGUUCUCCAAAGGAAGACCGGGUUAAGCCUCAACGAUUAUAUCCAGAAGAACAUCUGCCAACCCCUCGGCCUACAGAAUGUCAACAUGUUUCCGACCCAGGUCAUGAAGGAUAAGUUAGCAUACAUGCAUUCAAGAGGACAGGACGGCAAGAUCUACCCCAGGGACCACCUACUACGCCGGCCUUUGAUCGCAUCAACCCCAGAAGAAACUGCGAGCCUUUUUAACAGCGGUGGAGCCGGUCUUUUCGCAAAGCCGCAGGAGUAUACCCGCAUAAUAUCGGUCCUCCUCAACGACGGCACCGACCCCAAAACCGGCGCGAAGAUCGUCUCGAAGGCGACCGUCGACGAGAUGUUCAAGAACCAGAUCCCCAAGUUCCCGGACUUCGGGCGCCAGGGCAUCGCGGCCGCGAAGCCGGACCUCACGAACGCGGUGCCGGAUAUCUACCCCGUCGCGGGUAACCCGCCGCAGGGCUGGGGCCUGACGUUCAUGCUGAGCGGCGCCAGCGACGUGACGGGCAGGUCCGAAAACACGGCCCACUGGGCGGGCUUGCCGAACCUAUUUUGGUGGGCCGAUCGCGACCACGGCAUCGGCGGCAUAGUGUGCACGCAGAUCCUGCCCUUCGCGGAUCCGGCGGUGCUAGGGCUGUGGGUUGGAGUUGAGACGGCUGUUAAUAAGCACUUGAAGUUAGCCAAGGAGGGGAAAUAAGGAUGCAUUUGAUUCGAAGUCUUAAUAUCUUGGGAGGGUAUAGACACUUAGGUACCUAUGUGGUUGGAAUAAGGGUUAAGAUAAACUUUACUAGUUGGCUGCUUAUAUCACACACACUUAACCUACGUAAAUAGAGUUUCAUAAAGACAUGAAUCAUGUAUAUUCGAACAUUGGUGGACCUCAAGCAGACUGCUCAUUCGUGGUCUACGUGGAUGCUUAGGCAAAUGACCCUUGCACGUCAGCAUUUUCACUUAUUGUCUGUUAAGGAGGUAGGA